AUGGACGCGCUCAUCGCACGGGCAGACGCUCUCCAGCCCCUCCGCCCUCUCAAAAGGUCGCGCGCGCCACCGCACACCAGGCGACAAAACACCGCGCACACCGCCGCGUCCUCCUCCCAGGCCCAGGACCACACCCUCCGCUCCAUCGUCGCACACACCGCCCUCCCAAAGUCCCUCCGCCCGUCCUCGCCGCUGCCCGAUGGCGUGCCCACCCACAACCACAUCGCGAACAAAAAACUCCGCACCCACCUCCACCGCCAGUCCGCCCACGCCGCGCGCUCCAAGGUCCUGCUCAGGGAUGCAGAGCUCCUGCUCCCUGAGGAGGCGGGAAGGAUGGAGGUCGAGAGCGAGAUGGACAGGACCUGGAGGGUCGGCCAGGACGAGAUCGUGAGGCAGGUCGGCGCGGAGGUCGCAAAGGGCCGCAGGGAGAUGGUCCUCGACGGCGGGCCGUACCGCGCGCGGUAUACCCGCAACGGAAGACACAUGGCGGUCGUCGGCAGCAAGGGCCACGUAGCCACAUUCGACUGGCAAACGGGCACCAUGCACUCCGAGCUGCAGCUGCAAGAAACAUGCCGAGACAUCACGUUCCUGCAGGACCACUCGCACUACGCCGUCGCGCAGAAAAAAUACGUGUUCAUAUACGACCGCGACGGCGUCGAGCUGCACAGGCUAAAAUCGCACAUCGAGCCCACCCGCCUCGAGUUCCUGCCGUACCACUGGCUCCUCGCCAGCGUCGGCAACACCGGCUUCCUCAAGUACCAAGACACCUCGACCGGCCAGCUCGUCUCGGACCACCGCACGAAGCUCGGCGCGUGCCGCACGAUGGCGCAGGACGCGCACACCGCCGUCAUCCACCUCGGGCACCAGAACGGCACCCUCACCCUCUGGACGCCGAACCGCGCGGAGCCCGCCGUGCGCCUGCUCGCGCACGUCGGCCCCGUGUGCGGCGUGAGCGUGGACCCGGGCUCCGCGGGGAGGUACGUGGCGACCGCGGGCGUCGACGGUGCGGUGAAGGUGUGGGAUUGUAGGAAUUGGAGGGGCGCGGUGAGGACGUGGGCGGCGAGGGGCGGCGCGGCGGAGGUGGAGUGGAGCCAGAGGGGGUUCCUCGCCGUCGCGUCUGGCGGGACCGUCAACGUCUACGCGGCGCCGACGAUCCACGAGCCGUUCGCAGGGCACAGCCCGCCGCCGCUCUAUUUGACGCACCCGGCGCCGCACCGCCCGCUCGCGGCGCUCCGCUUCUGCCCGUUCCAGGACGUGCUCACGGUCGGGCACGCGGCGGGGCUCUCGAGCCUCCUCGUGCCCGGCGCUGGCGAGCCCAACUUCGACAGCACCGAGGCGGACCCGUUCGAGAACAGGAAGGCGCGCCGCGAGCGCGAGGUCAAGGGCUUGUUGGACAAGAUCCAACCGGACAUGAUCACGCUCGACCCCGAGUUUGUAGGCUCGCUUGCGCCCCCGAGCAAGCUCACGACCGCGGCCGAGACGGAGGGCGCGGGUGGGGGCGCGGGCGCGGUGCCCUUCGCGCGCCUCCCGCGCCUCGAGCGGCUCCGCGUUUCGGGCAAGGCGGACGAGACCGAGGUCGUCAGCGACGGCGCGGACGACGGCACGGACGAUGGAAAAACGGGCGGCGGGAAACGCGAUCGGGAGGAGCGCGAGAAGAGGAAGAUGCGCGGGAAGGGGAAGAGUCUGAAAAGGUACUUGCGCAAGCAGCGCAAGAACGUCAUCGAUCCAAAAGCCGUCGCGGUGCGCGCGAAGCUCGAGAAGGAGAAGGGGGAGCGGCGGCGCGCGCGCGAGGCCGCGAAGGGCGUGCCGCGGGACCACAAGCCGUCCGCGCUGGAUCGGUUCAAGCGCCCGUCGGCGUCGGCGUGAUCUUUGUUGUUGUACGACUACGCUUUCUGUUUGGGGAACGAUGACGAUGACGAUGACGACGAUGGUGGUGGUGGUGGCGGCGUUGCGCUGCGUUGCCGGUC